CUCACGGCUUUUAAGUGCCAAUUUACCUUGGUUGUAUCUGAACAGUGUCGACAUUCCACAGAUCUGCUGCUGCAUCGCUGCUCUGCUGGGCAAGUCGUUUGUACAAGCUGACACCGAACUUGGCUCUUGCAUCUCACAGCACCCAAGAUGGAUCAUUCGAUGCACCAUAUGGGGAUGGAUAUGGACCAUGGCCAUGACCACGGUGACAUGGACAUGGGACAGUGUAGUAUGAAUAUGCUUUUCACCUGGUCUACAAAGAAUCUUUGCAUCGUCUUCCCGCAAUGGCGUGUCACCGGCACCUUGUCUCUACUCAUCUCACUUCUACUCAUCGUGCUUUUGACCGCCGGCUAUGAGGGCGUCCGUCAGCUUACAAGACGCUUCGAGGUGGCACAUGCGAAGAGGCUCAGCGCAUACACAACCGCCGCAGUCGGAGUUGAAGGCAGCGAAAUCCACGACGAUUCUCCGCCGGCCAAUGACCCUCCCAGCCAGACACUGCCUGUCCCAAACGGUGGCUCACAGCUCGUUGUAGGUAGGGAUAGCCGAAAGUCCGUCGAGCAGCGAGGAAAGAUUACCAUGGCGUCAUUGUAUGCUGUGCAGGUCUUCUAUAGCUUUUUCAUUAUGUUGCUUUUCAUGACCUAUAAUGGCUUUGUUAUGCUAGCUGUCGCUGUCGGUGCCUUUGUAGGAUAUCUGGCUUUCGGAGACGACACCUCCGCUAGCAAGACGGUUGCGUGUCACUAGAUGGGGCGCGCAAGCUGGGUAGCUUGGUUUCCGAAAGGCUCUCUCAAGGUUGAUUGAGGGAAGGGUGUCACUGGGCUGCGUAAUCCAGGCAAUGGUGGCUCAGCACGGUCAUUUUCAGACCGUUGCCGAUUUCGUUUGUUGCUGCUUCGUAUAGGAGGGAAUCAAGGGACCUCGAUGUCGCUAUUAUCACCACCGAAGCCAAAGCUGAACCCACCACCUUCGUUGGCAUUAGCGCCUUCUUGAUCUGCGUUUCCAUGAACAAUCUCAUCCCAUUUUCUCUUUUUGCCUUCUG